AUGACCCUGUUACCUACAUCUCCAAAGGGCUACAGAAGCCCGAAGGAUGAGGAGCUUGGGGGAAACGAGAGCAGUGAGAUGUCCUCCGAGGACUCCGAUUCCUCCGAGUCGUCCCAGUCGACGGUCUGCCGCCGAAUGGAUGAUGAAAAGGGAUCGGACACUGAAGACGACUACGCGCGGUUGCUGCGCACCCGGCUCUGGCGGCGAGAGGUCAUCGAGCGGAACAUCAAAUUCGGUGCUGCAAUCAUCCUUAUUGAGAACAUUUGCUUGUCCGUCCAAACCCUGGGCGCCAUCAUCAAAAAGCAGCCUUGGGCGAGCUACGUCCCGUAUCUCAUCACCUACGCGGUGGAAUGGCCGGUCUUGUUGUUCGUGAUCAAAUCCCCCAGGCUUUGGCUGUAUUUGACGAUCCUGGGAUUUGACGCGAUCACCUCCCUGAUCGCUGCUGAUCCGAUGACCAUCUCCGAUAGGCCCAUCGAAGACCAGAAAGGUUAUGCGAUUCUUUAUUUCAACAUGAUUUACAUCUUGAUGUCCGUCCCCGCCUUAGAUUGA